GUUAAAUAAUUUGCUCUCCGCGUGACAGAUUUUCAUUGUGCGCGUCGUCAAUCUCUUCGCCAAUAAAAAAAGUACAUUUUUUUUUUUAUUUUAAUAUAAAAUAAUAUUCACGUGGAACACACCGCGUAGGUACUUACCCAAUUAUUAUUAUUACUACUAACAACGUUGUUAAUAUAACCCAUCUCGAUCUUAGAGUCAAAAAUUAUUGUGCGUUAUUUUGUUACAGCUCGUUGCUCUAAAUAAAGUCAGUUCGACUUUGCAACUACUGCAUUCACCGUUAAGAGUUUGUAAACGUCAUAAUAUUUGUGCCUUACGGAUCGCGAAAUAGUAACAGUCGGGCGUUUCAUAUAAAUUUGUUUCGUACGUCGAACGUGAAGACUAUACAAUAUAAUAUAGAUACCUAUAUCUAAUAUUCAAUGAUAUAUUUACUUAUACAGGUGUUACGAUAAUACAUGACAUAGGUGUUAUUAUAUAUGCCUGUUUAUCGACUUGUCCUCUGCAACAAACUUAGCAUUUUUUUUUUUUUUAUAAUUAUUUUUUACGUUUUAUUGCUCCCGUGAACCACCGCGACGUAAACGGACAAUGAAAUAUCUACCUACCGCAGCAGGUACGUAUCUUGUAAAACAUUAGGGUAUGGCCGGUUUCUGCCAAAUUAUAAAAUUGAUCGAUUCCCUUUUCCGCCAAAUGAAAAAAAUUUAAUCUAAUAUUUGAAUAUUAAUGGACAAUAUGCAUACAUUAAAAAUUAUUAAUCAGACAAAAAAAUAAUAGUUUUUUCUGUUCACGUAUGAUAAAAAUUGUGUUUGUUAUACAAAGGUAUUGAAUACAAGGUAAAAAUAGUUGUUAAUACUCAUAACGAUUGUCUUACCACAAUUUUCUACGCAAAAAUUAUCAAACAUGUAAUCUUUUUUUUCAUUAUUAUUUUUCCGUCGUAAUGAUAUCUAUAAAGUAAUAAUAUCUUAUAAUUAUUGUAAGUAAGAAUGAGUAUUGUGACAUUUAUAUUUUUAAUUUAAUCACCCCUGUACAACAAUUUUUAAUAUUUCUUGUGAACACAUUGAAAUAUUAGACUACAUUUUUUCAUUUAGCAGAAAAGGGAAGGUACAUUUUUAGCGGAAAUGAAAAACUACCAAAUAAUAUUAGGUAGGUACGUUUACCUAUAUACUCGUGAUAUAUUACCGCUAAUGUUGAAAAUUGGAUAUUAUUAUGUAAAAUGUAUAUAAAAAAAAUAACAGGUAAAAAAAAAAAAAAACCGAAUGAUAGCAAGUGCCACCAAAAAGGUCGUGACCGCAUCUUUAUCGACACCGGUGGAACCGAUUUUGUGCCAUUAGUUUUAACGUUUUAAAACGAAUUAAACUUAAUAUUACGAUUUAAAAAUCACCGUAUCUCACUUAAAAAUUAAUAAAUAUUGAGAAAAAUAUCAACUUACAAACAUACCCCACCCUAUUAUAUUAUGUUCACAAAUUUAAGUAAGUUGGACAAUAAGCCGAUUCAUUCUAAUGCUAAAACUAACGGCGCAAAAUAUUGGUUUUAUAAAACGAAAAUAUUACAUUAUCAAAUUUUUAACGUUAGCCGUAUAGUAUGUAUAUAUUUAUAAGUAUAUCAGGGACGUGAUUAAGGAAGGAGAGGGUUAAUUCCUUUCCAUUUCGAAAUUACUACGGUAGUCGAAUUUUUUUUUCAACUCCCGAUGCACUUCUAUUAGUGGCGUGACUAGGGCGGUGAUAUAACUCACAGAACUUUCUUUUUUUACAGACUACAUCGACUGGUUUUUAUAAUUUAUAUCUUACGAUGUACAAUACACAUUUUUCAUUUUGGUAUAAAAAUAAGUUAGGACAUUUCCUGUAAACUUCAGAUCUUGCGUUUUCUAUAGUUCUCCAAUUGUUACAAACAUUCGAUAGUUAACCUUCUCCUCCCAUAAAUGACCUAUACCUACGCCUACGAUACAAUAUAUAUUACCUCUGUACAUCAGCAGGACCGGAGUAAAGAGGGAGGGCGAAACGGGGCACUUGUCCUUGGUGCCAUUACUAUGGGGAGCAAAAAGUACAAAUACAUAAUAUGUAAUAUGUAUAUAAUAAUACCUACUCUAAUAAUUUAAAAAUAUAUUACUUUGUAAACAUAUUAUAUUAUAUAAGAAUGUAGAGUAAUAAAUAUUGCGUACGAAUUAAAUAUUAAAAUAUAGCGAAUUUUACAUUCUGUGUCUGAUAAGAGGGUGCGAAUUCCAUAUUUUGGCCGGGGUCGAAAAAAAGUUACAUCCGGCACCUGUACAUUAACCUGAAAUAUUACAAUUAAACGAUGAUAUACGCGUUUUUGUUUCCUGCUAAUUUGCGUAAUUUGUAUGUAUUAUAUUUGUUUAGAUACGAUAUAGGUACACAUUAUAUUUUGAAAAUAUAGCGCAGUACUACGCAAUUGUAUACCAACGGUUAAACGAAUCAGAAUCAAACAUGAAUACUAUUAGAAGUAUCACGGUUGUAAUACUCGCGACCGUAAUAAUGACCGCGGUUGCUCUAGAGUCCCGUCGUAUAGGAUUCGAUAAAUAUCACAACUACGAAGAGAUGACCGUAUAUUUGAGGAAGAUAACCGACGAGUUUUCUAAUGUUUCUUCGCUGUAUUCAAUCGGAAAAUCAACGAUAGGUAUGUGCAUUCAUUUACCGCAGUGGCGUGCCCAGGGGGAGGGUUAAGGGGGUUUUAGUUCCCCCAUUAGCCGUGUCAAAUAAAAAUAAAAUAAAAUAUUUAGUAUUAAAAAAUCGUUGCUAAUAAAAUAAUAAUCAUUGCAUAUUUACAUUACUUAUUCAACUAAAUAGGUACCUAGGCAUAAUUAUGUAUUUUGCAAAACAUUUUUUUUUUUUUAAUAGCCCUCCCACUAUUGAAUAAUCCUGUAUACGCCACUGUUCAUUUAUAUUUUAUAUAAUAAUACAAUAACAAUAUGUUUAACGUAGAUAUGCUCAUAAGCGUGCUCAGAUCCUAUUGGCAGAGGAAACAACGAUAUUUGAAACCAAAGCGUACACUAAAAUUACAGACACAAAUAGUCUAAAAUAUAUUUAUUUGGGAAGGGGGUUAAGUUUUCAUAAAAUGAAUUAUAUAAACUUAUUAUUAUUUACUUGAUGAUUCAACGAGGCCUUGAUUCGGAAGAGCUUGGCUGAGUUUUUGGGGGCUAAACCUUCCUGUAAGCUGUCCUUCUCUAUUUGUGUGCGUUAACUCACAAAAUCAAGCGGAUCUUAAAGUUGAAUAUUUUAAAGCAUUCAUAUUUGAAAUAAUUUUUUACAAAUACUCUGGUGGAAAAUCUAGCACGGGAAGCGAAUGCUCUUUCUGUCACCCGUGCGCACGCUCAUGGGUUUACUUAUAUCUAUAAUCUACAUGUAUUAAUUUUAAGUCGUUCAACUGCGCUGUACAUUAUAUACAUAAGGUGUCUGUAUUUCUAUCAAAAUAUUCAAUUAAUUGAAAAAAUUCCGAAUGAUUUUUAAAUUAAUGUGUUCAGUGUUGUAUCUUGUAUAAUAAUUAAUACGACACAUUUUUGUCAUGAAAACACAUAUUGUUGUAAUCAUUUUACCAUAAUAUGACAUAUAUAUAUUGUUGACAAAGCAACACUAUCAACUGAACUCCGCUCAGAAUCGUUUUUCAUUAGCAAUGGUCUAUCGUUGCUUACAAAUAUACAUUAAAUUUCUCCUUUACUACCUCCCAACUUCCUACUAACAACAGUAGCUGCAACCGCGUGCGAAGUAUAUCCAUCUUUUUUUUGUACUAUUUAUGUAUGUCAUAAAGAUUGUUCAUACCACAAUUUUUUACACAAAAAAUAUUAAAAAUAUAAUUUAUUUUUUUUAUUAUUGUAUAAAUUCAAAUUUAAUUUUAUUAUUACUUUUCAAUCUUAAGUUAUCUAUAAAGUACCGUAAUAUCCGCAUAAUACGAUAAAUGUAUCACUGAUUAUGGUAUUUUCCCAACGCUAUCGAUUAUGUUGAUAAUCGAUAAUGGAGGUGUUUAAACACCCAAAAUACCCCCCUGCAUACGUGCCUGAUGACAAUGUACAUUAAUAUGACCUACAGUAUACCUAUAGUAUAAAAUAUAAAUAAUAUGGCAUUUAUAUUUUUUAUUUUUUAUUUAAUCACCCCUAUAGUACAAUCAUAACUGUACAUUUUUAACUUUUUUUAUAAUAUAAUAAUAAUAAUGUAUGAUACAAUCAUCCAUUAAUAUUCGAAUAUUAGACUAAUUUUUUUUCAUUUGGCGUAAAAGAGAAAGGUACACUUUUGAUGGAAACAGGAAUCGACGAAUUUUAAAAUUUGAUGGAAAAGAGAAAGGCGCAUGUUUGGCAGAAACGAGUAACUCCCUAUUGGUUUUAUAUGUGUUCACCAAGCUCCGUUUAGAAUCAUUCUUUUGUUUUAUUCUAAUGAUUAUGGUAAUUAAAUUACUCUAUAUCCAAUUAUACCUUCAAAAUUUCUCACCUACAACUAUUAUAGUUGUAGGUGGUAGUGGUCUACCCAUGGUGCAAUGUACGGCUUUUUAAUUUUAUUAAUGCAUUUUUUCCUAGGUACAUUAUAGAUGCAAAUGUAUAGUGUCCCACAAAGAUAUAAUUAUUUCCGUAAUAAAGAAAAUAUUAUUAUUAUUAUAAUUAUAAAGAUAAUCAAAUUUUGAUUUUUUUCAUGUUAUACACAGGGAAAAACAUCAUACAUAUUUAUAUUUAAAUUAACUUUUAUCUUUCAGUAAAAAACUUACAAAAUAAAUUACUUUUUACUAUAUUGUUUUUGAAAAAAAUUUGAAGACAUUUUAUUGAGUUUAUUCUUCUGAAAAUUUUAUUUUUAUUAAAUUCAUAAUAUUUUCAGUAAAUUUUUAAAGUUCUGAGAAAAAAAAUGUACAGUAAGUACAGUAAUAAUAGCAAUAUGAAACUAUCGAAUGCGAUUACAGCCUGCUGCAUAAUUUUAGGUGCCUACUUUUCUCUGAACUUUAUUAUUAAACACCACCAAUUUAAUAAAAAUAAAAGUUGAAAUGUUCACAUUAUCAGAAAAAUAAAUUAUAUUUAAAUGGCUAUCUUUAUGUUUAUCAAAAAUAAUAAAAUAAAAAAUUAUUAUAUUAAGUUUUUCACUAACCCUGCGAGUAAUAAUAAUAAAAAAUCGGUACCCCUGUAAAAACCUGCUGCGAGUUCAGAAUACUUCGCAUGUGGGUGCAACCACUGUUGUAGGUGGGAAGUUGGGAAGGUAGGAUACAGACGGAAAUUGAAUGUAUAUCUGUAAACCGUUAAAUGAUAAACCAUUGCUAACAAAAAAACAAUUCUAAGCGGAAUUCAGUUGAUAGUGUUGCUUUGUCAAUAAUACAAUAUAUGGUACAUAUCAUGUUAUGGCAAAAUUAUUACAAAAGUGUGCGUUUCCUUGACAACAAUAAUUGUUUAAAAAUAUUUAAAUAACAACAACUUAAUACUAACAAAAAAUGAAUAAAAGCGGUUGCCAAUGACAACCUUAUUUAUAAUCUUUCAAUCUUUUUUAACCUAAAGACCAAGGUUUUCCCCAUUAUCUCGAAUAUUAAUGAGAAUUUAAAAAAAAUGACUUUUUUAAAGUACCACCCAGAGAACAUUUCCUUUCAGAAAAGGUGCUAUACUUGAAAAUUGGAGUAUGCUUUCUGGUAGAAAAAGUGUUCACAUAAAAUAAAAUAAACAUCAUUGUAAAACCAAGACAUUCCUCAUUCUAUUCAGAAUCUAAAAAAAAAUAAAUACAGAAUUAAGUUAUCUUUAUUAUCUCUGCAGAGAUAUUUCAAUAGAUAUAUCUUUGCAUGACACCCUGUAUAAUACAAAAAUAUAACUGUGCCAACUAAUCUUUAAUUUUGUCCCAAUAGGCCGUGAACUAUGGGUUGUCAAAUUGACAUCUGCGACCGACCUAUUGGGUGUACCGAAUAUCAAAAUCGUUGGAAAUAUACACGGAAACGAGCCCGUCGGGAGAGAAAUAAUUUUACACCUGAUUCAGGUAAAAAAAACACCAUCAAUUUAAACCUAUUUAGAUUAAAAAUCUGAACAUUAUUUAUUAAGUAUAUUAUGACACUCGUAUAAACGUAUUUAGUACUCGUGCCUACACAAAUACAUUAUCGCAGGAUGCUUUUUUAUUUUUUAAAAAAGUAACAAUAAAACAUUCUGUUUAAAUAUCAAAUGUAUAUGUUGUCUUUAUAAUAAUAUUAAAUUAUUCGAAAAUAGUAUUUGUUACAUAACAAAUCGAAAAACAAAUUGAUAAACAAACUGUUACAAACAACCGUUAUUCACCUGUUGCCGAGCAUGAAUCCCGAUGGAUUUGAACUGUCAGAGCCUCAAUCUUGUCCAAACAACGGGAGUAUAGUAAAGAGUUCUAGGUAACAAUAUAACAAUAUUAUUAAUUUUCAAUUGCAGGACAUUUUUUAAUGAAUAUUCAUUGUGUAUCCACUCCUUUUUCCCUUAAAAAUAGGUCCACGAAUAGAUAGACCAAACCUUCCCCUGAAUUUUUGGGUUUUCCCCAGUUACCCCAGUGAGAAUAUUUUUUAUAAAAAAAUUUCUCAUGAAAUCUACUAAUUCAAUCAUUUACCUACAUUUUUAGUGGACAAUUGGAUACACAAAGCACAAUCUUUCUCUACUGAGUGUCCUUUACCGACUUGUCUGUGUGUCAAUUUGGACAUAGAAAUCCUCUUUAAAAAAUGUCCUGUACCUACGGUUGGCAUCGAACACCUUUAUUAAGUAGGUGUUCAAUUAUCGUUAUUUUAUUUUUUUAGAGGUAACGCGAAAAAAUUCGAUUUAAAUAGAAAUUUCCCUGACGCGUUUAUACCGCACACGGUUCCAUUACAACCCGAAACCGACGCAAUCAUGAAGUGGAUGCAAUCCAUUCCAUUCGUCAUGUCUCUGAGUUUACACAGUGGUGAUUUAGUAGCCAAUUAUCCCUACGAUGGUUCGGAAGAUUCGCGUGAGUGUCAUUUACUCUAAGUACGUAUAGGUUAAGUUAGGUAUUAGCUACUUACAUACUACUAGUGCAAUCUAGAUUUUUUUAUUUAUUUUUUUAUUAAUAAAAUAUUGUUAUUAUAAAUUAUAAUUGAACUUGAUUUUAUUUGAGUUUUCUUUUCUUUUAAAUCGAUUAAUUUGAAAAUAUAUAAUGUUGACGAUAAAUAAUACAAUAGGUAUAAUAAUAUAUUAUAUUGUUAUCCGAUGAAAAGCACCAUAUCUUUUAAUUAUUACGAAGGUAAACAUCGUAAUUAUAACGUUUCCGAUCAUUGUGAAACUAUUUUAUUCUUCGCGAUAACUUUUUUUUUGGCGAAACUUAAACUUCUUCGAAAUCUAUACUUGAAUAGUUGGAUAAAAUCUAUACAGUAAAACUUCCGUUAACGGCUAUCUCUGAAAGACGGUCACCUUUAUGUAACAGAUAUUUUUUUUGGUUCCGUCAAGUGUUAUGCCUCUAUAGGAAGCCUUUAAAGGAUGGUCACCCCUAAAUAGCGGCCAUUAUUUCCGGUCCCUUCGGUGACUGUUAUAUGGAAGUUUUACUGUAAUAAUAUUCGGAAAAACUAUUGAAAAGAUGUCGGCCCACUUUUUACGAGUAAACUUUUGAUUUACUAAUAUAGGUAGUAAAGUACAGUCAGUGGCUUAACUAUGAUAGCCUCUUAGCCACUGAGUUUAGUCAUAAUACUCACAUAACGUAUAAUUAUAGGUAGGUAUGUUACAUAACAAAUUAAAACAAUUCUUUUUUUUUCGUAACAGUAGCAUACAAGUUGCAGAAAUUAAACGAAACAUUACGCAUCGUCAAUGUUGUAGAUCUCUACAAAGCAUAUUUUAAAAAUAAUGGUAAAAAUGUUGAAGUAAAUUUCAAUUUAAGCACGAAAAUGCCCUUAGUAACGAACCACUGCAUAAAUUGUUGCACACUGCACCCACUGUAAUAUAAUAUAUAUUAUUAAAGCUUAUAUGUAAAAAAAAAAAUAAUAACAAUAAAUAUCACUGCUAAUAAGCUCAUCUAGUAACAUAAUAAUAUAGUUAAGGGCGUGUAUACCUAAACAUAAUUUGCUAUUUUAUGUUACGUCAUUAAAUUUAAACAAUUGUAUACGUUUAUUGUGUAUGGUUAUUAUUUUGAUUUUCAACCUUUGCUGUGCAUUGAUGUUAAUAAAAAUAAUGUUAUCUUAACUAAUAUAAACUAACGAGAAAACAAAUCAAUGAUGUUGCCUAAAGUGGCGAGUCAGCCGUCAUUAAACUCGAACGGUAUCGGUAAUAAACUUGUAUAAGUACUCAUAAUAAACCAUUUUACAGGAAACUCGCAAAUUAACACUUAACAGUUAAGCACCGUCGUAAUAUUAUGUGUAUAUAAAUAACAAUAUCCACAAUAUUUAUACGUAUUAACUUAUUUUUAUUGUUUUUCUUGGACAGUACCGACUUUCGAUAACAGCGAACACUUAACACCCGACGAUAACGAGUUUCGAUUUUUGGCAAAAUUGUAUGCAAAAAUGCAUCCGACUAUGCAUUUGGGCCAAAGCUGUUCUGAUAAUAAACAAUUCAAAGACGGUAUUACGAACGGGGCUGCCUGGUAUCAAAUAAUAGGUAAGAUAUUUUUUUAAUUUUCUGUAUAUUAUAUUUAGGUACUAGUAGGUACGAGUGGUAUUUAUCAUAUAUUUUUUAUUUAUUUUUUUCGUAUACAGAGAAAUAUAGAUUUACCUUUUCUAUACAAGAUAAUAAUAUCCAGAAUGGUAAAAUUAUUAAUCACUGUUUUAAUUCAAAUUUGAAUUUCAUAUUAUUUAUUCCUAUUUAUGUUUAUUAGAUCAUAUUUUUAUUGAUUUCCAGUAAGUAGUAUUCAUUUAUUUUAUACAUUAAUAAAAAAAAAAAUUUAAAUGUAGGUACUAUACAAUACACAUAUUUAGAAAUUGUUAUACACUUAUAUACUUAUACAAUAAUAUUUGAUUUCAUACUACAAACCGUAAACUUAACAUACUCGUAGAGUGGUCUGUUAGAUUACCAAGUAUAUUUUAUAGUAAAAUUUACCCUUGUCAAGUUAGUUCAAACCUAAAACACAUGUGCCAGUAAUAUUCUUUGUGCAUAUUUACAUAGGAAGUAUGCAAGAUUACAAUUAUGUAUGGCACGGAUGCAUGGAAAUUACUCUUGAAAUGUCGUGUUGCAAAUACCCACCAGCUGAAUUUUUAGAAUCUCACUGGAAUGAUAAUUUACCGGUAAACACUAAAAUAGUCAAUAGCUAAAAAUGCAAUUUAUUACAAGAAUAUUUCAGAUUUAAUGUUUUGAUACUUAUUACCACUUAUAAUAAUUAUAAUAAUAAUAUCACAUAAAUACUAUAAUGUUUCAAAUUAUAAAAUAUGCAUGUUAAAAAAAACUCAAAAUGAUCAUGUCGACCGUUAUUGUUUAGAAUAAUAAAGUCGUUGUUGUGGUUUUAGGCACUCCUAACUUGGAUGCAACAAACACACAGAGGCAUUAAAGGUAUCGUCAGGAGCCGAUCCACUGGUGAACCAAUAAAAAAUGCCACUCUCAGAAUAUUAGACCGAGAAAAUGUAUUCAAGACGACUUCGAAUGGAGAGUACUGGAAAAUAUUACUACCAGGUGUAUAUAAACUGCGCGUAAGUACACAAAAGUUCAUACUUAAAGGCAGUAUUCCGGCGACGUCUUAAGUCGUAUGUCUUUUGUAGUAUUCUGAUUGACGGUUGUAGUUUUGGUAACAUUUAGUAACCCAAAGUCUUAACUUAUACCCGAAAUUUUCCAGGGCUCAUCUAAUUUCAAUUUUUUUCUUAUUUUAAUUACAUUGGUCAAUUUAUUUUUUAAUGUUAUCAGCAUAUAUAUAUAUGCAUAAGCGCCCGUAUAAAUUAAUAUAACAGGAGGGGUAAAAUAAAAAUGUAAUAAUUAUACUUUCCUCAUAGUUAACUUCCUUCGUCAACCAAGCUGGUUUUUUUUGAUUUAAUGUAUUGUAUUAAUUUGUUUUUUCAUUAUUAUUAUUUUGUUUUUUUUAUAUAAUUGUUAUCACUGAUUCAAGAGUUUAACAUUAAUUCUUGAAGCUUAUUGUUUUUCUUUUCAAAUCUUCAAAUUUAAAUUUAAAAAAAAUAAUAUUUAUUUCAGGGAGAAAGUGCCUCGUCUUGCACCCCCCCCCAUGGGUGACCAUGUACCUAUAUAUCUGUGAACACGACACGACACACAACGUUGUUGAAAUACCGCCUUAACAUCUACUAUACAUUUAUUUACAUACAAAUAACGUAUUAUACCAACCUAUAGGUACUCGUGCAUCAAUAUUAUACUCGUAUCUCGUGUCCUAGGUUUUAUAAAUCAACAAAAUAUACACCAAUAAUAAAAUAAUAAUAAUACCAAUCAGUACCACCAGAAGUUUUUAUAGAAGUGCAGAGGAUCAUCUAUAGAGUAUAAAAGAAGUUGAUCGAUUAUUAAUGAAUAUAGACCAUAUAAUUUUUAUUUAAUAUAAUACGACCCGCCAAGAGCUUUUAAGUGGCCAUUUCGUGAAAUGGUCACUGCAAAUAAAAUUGAAUAGGUAUUUCUCCAUUUCGUGCAUAAAUAUUGUAUAAAACGCGCUAUUAUAGUACGGUACUAUAAUCAAAGUACCAUUAGUACCUAUUUACUAUACACGUAUACCUACUUGACGGAUGUAAUUGGUUGCCUUUUCGUAAUGAAUCCGUAACACUGCAGAACAAUGUUACACUGCAGUAUAGCCAGUAUAGGCAAUGAAAUACUAAAAUAUUUCACAACCGAGUUCGUUGUUCUUUUACAUAAACGAACUUUGUACGAUUUUACCAAAAAUUCACCGUCUUCAUUAUAUGACAGUAUAGAUAAUUAUUGAAAAACUAUAGUCUUUAUUAUGUAUAUAUAUAUAGGUACGUACUAUACCUAUACUUAUUAAAAGCUAAAAAAAACUAUCAGUUGGUGUCAGCUCAGGCUACGUGUUAGGCCUAAUCCGCUCCCAACCCCCUCCCGGGCAUCGAGUAUAUAUGGGGACGUCUGUUUCGUCAUUUAAACAAUAUUUGCAUUUGUCGGUACUGCAGGCGAACGCGGACGGACACGACGAGCAAACCGUGCUGGUCGAAGUGCCGCCGAAACGGGGCGUGGCGGAUGAUCCGGCGGAAGUGCAACCGCGAGUAUACAACAUCGUCAUGGAACAGAAAACGACCACGGCGACGGCCAACAGCACCGUAAGCGACGGCAGACUGUACACGCAUUGGCCGACGAACGGCGGCGACCGAGUGGACGCGACGGGCCGAGCGGCGGCGGCGGCGGCGGCCGACCAAACGACCGUGGUCGCGGUGCGUGCCGACCAGCGGUCAGCUGCAACUACGGCGCCCACGCCGUCGCUGUCGAGCCGACAAUCGGACGGCGGCGUUUACGCGAUCGUGACCGACAACAACGGCCGGGGCAACGUCGACUUGAUGCUAUUAAUGCGGCCGCCGUUGCCCGCGACUUCGUCUUCCGCCUCGGCCGCUCAGAGUUACCGCUUAUUAUUUUGGUCGUACUAUACGGUAACUGCGGUAUUGUACCCGGUCGUAAGCUACUACUACGUCACCACGCACCUACGUCGUCAAUAAUAUGAUAGAAUGCCCGUAUUACCUACACCUACCCGUUCAUCCUUAUCAUAAGCGUCGUACCCAGUAUUAAAUACUCGCUCGGGCGCCUUCACGGCUAAGCGGUGGCUUAUUUCAAGGGGGGGGGCGAUGAAAGCAAUCGAACCCCUCUCCCCAUCAAUUAAUUUAUGUAGAUAUUUGCCAAGUAUUAUAUAUGUAUAUAUACAAAAAUUAAAUCUUGUUACCAGAAAUCUCUUUUGAAAUUUAAUGUUUAACACUAUUUCUGCUAGAAAAGUGUCAUCAGACAGAAAAAUAAAAAUAAAAACACUUCGUGGUAAGAUCUAAAGGGUAGAGUAUAAGGUUGUGUACAGUUUAUAUACCUUGUGUAUAAUAAUUUUAGUGUUAACCCCCCCCCCCCCAUAAAACUUUAAACUAAGUCAAAUAUGCCUCUGCGGCUAAGUAGGUCGACCCAGGAGUAUAAUAUUAUUAUAAUAGUCGUGGAACUAUACGAUACAUCACGAAUUCGGUCACUGAACAAAGUUCAGUGGAUUCUUCGGUAGAUUAAGUCCCAUUUUUUUUUUUAUGAACACUUUCUGCCAAAAAGCUUACUCUGAUUAUUAAGUAUAGCAUCUUUUCUGAAAGGAAAUGUUCUCUGGAUGGUACAUCAAAGAAGUCAUUUUUUUUAAUUCUCAUUAAUAUUCGAGAUAGUGAGAAAAACCUGGUUCUUUAGGUUAAAAAACAUUGAAAGAUUAUAAAUAAUGUUGUAAUUGGCAACCGCUUUUAUUUAUUUUUUGUUAGUAUUAAGUUUUUGUUAUUUAAAUAUUUUUAAACAAUUAUUGUUGUCAAGGAAAUGCAUAUUGUUGUAAUAAUUUUGCCAUAACAUGAUAUAUACCAUAAAUUGUAUUUUAAUUGUAAUUGUAAAGCAACACUAUCAACUGAACUCCACUCAGAAUCGUUUUUUCGUUAGCAAUGCUUUAUCGUUUAACGGUUUACAGAUAUACAUUAAAUUUCCGUCUGUAUCCUACCUUCAACAGUCAUUGUUGAAUUCAAACAAUCAUUGUUGUCAUGGAAACACACAUUGUUAUAAUCAUUUUACCAUAAUAUGACAUAUAUUGUUGACAAAGCACAACUAUCAACUGAACUCUGCUUAGAAUCGUUUUUUCGUUAGCAAUGGUUUAUUUUUACUUACAGAUAUAUAUUAAAUUUCUCCUUUACUACCUUCCAACUUCUACCUACAACAGUGGUUACACCCACGUACGAAGUAUGUCCGUCUUUUUUAUUCGUGCAUUCAUAUAAAAUAAAUAAUAAUUAUUAUAUCAUAAAUUGAUAAUAUUAUUUAUUAUAUUGGUUUGUUACGUUUAAUAUAACAAUGUCAAUAUUAAUGAUAAUUCCCGGAAUGUUAUCUUAUAAUGUCAAUGUAAAAAAUUUAAAAACGUGUCCCGACUGAAAGGGCGUAUUUAUAUUAAUAAAUGUAUUGCUUUAAUUUUAUACGAGGGGCCGAUUUAGAAAAACGAUACAUUCGUUUGGGACUCAAUAAAUUUACCUUCACUCAUAUAUCAGAUACCUAUACUAUGCCAUAAUGUGUAGUAUUGGCAACAAGAUUAAUUAAUUUUAUAAAUAUACCAAACACAAAUUAAAUUUACCAUUUAUUUGAUCAACCACAUACCAUGACAGCUAUGGUUCGGCCAACCAUAGUUUUCCUGAGAGUCAUGUUUCACGACUAUUAAAGUAAUAAGGCGGUAUUUCAGCGACGCCGUAUACCUGUUUAUACCAGGUGAUCCAUUUAAAUGGGAACAUUCAGUAUCUCGGAAAGUAUUAACUCUUUUCGUAAUUUGUUUUUCAGAACAAUUAAGAAACAAGCUGCUCCACAAUUUUAUACUUGUGUCAUUUUUUGUCACCCUUAUUUUGCGAAUAAAACAACUACCUACUUUGCUUUUCAAAUGGCAACCUAUAUUAAAAAGUCCAUAAAUAUAUUGAGUAUUAGUUAACAUAAACUUAAGUGUUGAAAUGUUUUAUGGACCAAUAAACAAAAUAGGUACUCGGAACGUGGUUAUUUAUUAUUUGUGUACAAAAGCUAAAACUAAAUUAAAAUAUCUAAUGGUAAUUUUCCAAUUUUAACUAUACCUAAUCCUUAAGUAAACACUGGUUUACUUUUUAAAGGAAAAUACACGCCGGUUU